CUCCCACCGCUGCUUCCGCGUGCGCCCCUCGGAGCCCUCCUCAGCUGGCCUUCGGCUGCCUUUUAAAGUAAACACGCCCAGUAUGUCCCUUUUCACUCGCUCGGAGGUCCAGACACGGUGAGGAGCCUUCUUGGUCUCUCUGUCUCUCUCUUGCCUCCGCCGCUGUCGUCCACAGGACCACACAUCCCGUCCUCGGGUCGUCCUCGGGUCGUCCUCGUCGCCUUUCCUCGACUCUCGCCGCGGCCAUGUAUCGCUACUUCGGAGAGCUGUUGAGCCGCUCGGCGGGCAGCGCGCUGGCCUCGGGCUGCGUGGACUCCGCUCUUCCGGCGUCCGCUUCCCUACUGCGUGUUCGCCGCUACGCCGACGCGGCGAGCGAAAAUCAGGCGGACGACCCCAACUUCUUCCGCAUGGUGGAGGGCUUCUUCGACCGCGGCGCCGCCAUCGUGGAGGACAAGCUGGUGGAGGACCUGCGCACCCGCGAGACCCCCGAGCAGAAGCGGCACCGCGUGCGAGGCAUCCUGCGCAUCAUUAAGCCCUGCAACCACGUCCUCAGUGUGUCCUUUCCCAUCAAGCGAGACAACGGCGAGUGGGAGGUGGUGGAGGGAUACCGCGCCCAGCACAGCCAGCACCGGACGCCCUGCAAGGGAGGUAUCCGUUACAGCACCGAGGUGUCUGUGGAUGAGGUGAAAGCUCUGGCCUCCUUGAUGACGUACAAAUGUGCCGUUGUGGAUGUGCCGUUCGGAGGGGCCAAAGCUGGAGUCAAGAUCAACCCCAGGAAUUACUCUGACAACGAGCUGGAGAAGAUCACCAGGAGAUUCACCAUCGAGCUGGCCAAGAAGGGCUUUAUCGGACCCGGCAUCGACGUCCCGGCUCCCGACAUGAGCACAGGCGAGCGAGAAAUGUCCUGGAUCGCCGACACCUACGCCAACACCAUCGCGCACACGGACAUCAACGCCCACGCCUGCGUGACUGGCAAGCCCAUCAGCCAGGGCGGCAUCCACGGCCGCAUCUCAGCCACCGGCCGCGGAGUCUUCCACGGCAUCGAGAACUUCAUCAAUGAGGCCUCCUACAUGAGCAUGCUGGGACUGACGCCCGGCUUCAAGGACAAGACCUUCAUCAUCCAGGGCUUUGGCAACGUGGGUCUGCACUCCAUGAGGUACCUGCACAGGUACGGCGCCAAGUGCGUGGGCAUCGGCGAGAUCGACGGCGCCAUCUACAACCCGGAAGGCAUCGACCCCAAGCAGCUGGAGGACUACAAACUGCAACACGGCACCAUCGUGGGCUUCCCGGGCGCCAAACCCUACGAGGAGAACAUUCUGGAAGCCGACUGCCACAUCUUGAUCCCGGCCGCCGGUGAGAAGCAGCUGAAGCGCCACAAUGCCCCCAAGAUUAAGGCCAAGAUUAUCGCCGAGGGCGCCAACGGUCCCACCACCCCUGAAGCCGAUAAAGUUUUCCUGGCUAACAAAGUCAUGGUCAUCCCUGACAUGUACCUGAACGCCGGCGGUGUGACUGUGUCCUAUUUCGAGUGGCUGAAGAAUCUCAACCACGUUAGCUACGGACGUCUGACCUUCAAAUACGAGCGGGACUCCAACUACCACCUGCUCAUGUCCGUGCAGGAGAGUCUGGAGAGGAAAUUUGGCAAGCAGGGCGGACCCAUCCCCAUCGUGCCCACCGCCGACUUCCAGGCCAGAGUUGCUGGUGCCUCCGAGAAGGACAUCGUUCACUCCGGCUUGGCCUACACCAUGGAGAGAUCCGCCAGGCAAAUCAUGCGCACGGCCAGCAAGUACAACCUCGGCCUGGACCUGCGGACGGCCGCCUACGUCAACGCCAUCGAGAAGGUGUUCAAGGUGUACAACGAGGCCGGUCUUACUUUCACCUAAACGCGUCCCUUGCCCGUCCGUCCGCUUUCCCCCCUUCCCUCUCCUGUUAAACAGCCUUGAGAACAUAUCAGCGUCUUUGCAUAUGUCGUCGUCGUUUACCCGCCUUCACACGUAAGAAAAAGCAGACAGUCCCCAUCGCCACAGAACAAACUACUGUAUAUUGGCGGUCCAUUUGUUCACUGUAGUUUAUAGGCCGCCUUGCUGUGAUGAGCACUGCAGAUGCCUUAAUGCUGAAAAAAAGGGAUUUAAUAUCACAAUAAAAGAAAUGUUAUCAAGGGUCAUUGGCUAAAUUUCCCACCGAGUUAUUUGUUUCCCCAGUUAAGUUCUGUAAAGCAGCUUUUCCUCAGGACAAGAAAGAUCCUCCCCAUUUGCAGUCCUUCCCCUGCUCUUAUUUUAACCGUCCAUCUCAAUUUCAAGUUCUUUUGAAGGAAAUUGUUGUUUUUUUCCCCCCUUUUUUGGGGGGAAAACAAUAAAAUAGCUUCAAAUAAUG